UGGACGUGUGGACAUGGUGGAUGGAGACGAACAGAAAGACAGAAGUUUACGAAAAGUUCUCAGACAGGAACAAAUUGCCGUAGGCUGAAAUGAUAAAUUAGGGACCAAAUGAAGACAUGGGAACAAGGAUUGGGGUCUUAGACCAUGACACAUGGCCGCUUCCCCAAGACAGUGACGCCAGCUCAAUGGUGAAUGAGGUUACCGGCUCCAAUUACUCCGCAGCAGCACUGGAGGUAGAAUACCAACGGGUGUCCAUCAGUGGGGAUGAUAAAAGUGGGGUGCCACCCCAGGACCUCCAUGAUGCUUCCAGAUCCCUCAUCGACGCCUUGAUGGUCCGGGAGAAGUACAUGAAGUUGGCCCUACAGUCCUUUCCCCGCAAGGCGGCCCGUUNCUUGCGUCAGAUUGACGGCAAGCCCAUGGACAACGGCGACUUCAUCAGCCCAGUGUACAAUGCAGAAGACCAUCCCAUCCACCUGCCCACCAAGAAGGGAGACCCUUUUGCCUGUGAGCUGCCGGAGCCCAUACAGUGUGAGUUCAAGAUGAAGGAUGGCAUCAUCCUUGUCUAUGAAAACGAAGAGGAUGUGGCGAGGGACAAGCCCAUCGACCUGCCCUGCGUGGACAAGAUGACGUUUCUUGCCGAUUCCAACGUGUUGAUGACGCUCAUGGUCAACAGACCAAUAAAGUCAUUUUCCCAACGAAGGCUGUCUUACCUGGCAUCCAGAUUCCGCCUGCACUGUCUGCUGAACGGGAGGAAGGAGCUGGCUGCCCAGAAAUCUGUGCCUCAUCGAGAUUUUUACAACAUCAGAAAGGUGGAUACUCACAUCCAUGUAUCUGGAUCAGCGAACCAGAAACACCUGCUGCGAUUCAUCAAGAAGAAAAUCAAGACAGAAGCUGACAGAGUUGUCUGCAAGAACAAGGACGGCUCCACGAUGACACUCAAGCAGGUGUUUGACAGUCUGAACCUGACAGCAUAUGACAUCAACAUCGACACCCUUGAUAUGCACGCUGAUCGAAGCACCUUCCAUCGUUUUGACAUGUUCAACUCAAAGUACAAUCCCGUGGGGCAGAGCAAACUCAGGGAGAUCUUCAUCAAGACGGAUAACCACAUCGGCGGACUUUACUUUGCUCAGUUGAUCAAGGAGAUGUGUAAGGACUUGGAGGACAGCAAAUACCAGAAUGCAGAGUAUCGGAUAUCCAUCUAUGGGCGUCGUAAAGAUGAGUGGGACAAGCUGGCCAAGUGGGCCGUCAACCACCGGGUUUACUCAGACAAUGUCAGAUGGCUCAUCCAGAUUCCCAGGCUAUAUGAUGUCUACCGGUCCAACAAGAUGGUGGGCAGCUUUGCCGAGAUCCUGGAUAAUGUCUUUAUGCCUCUGUUCAAAGCAACAAAGGAUCCAAAGUCGCACCCGGAAAUACACAAGUUCCUGCAAUACGUGACCGGCUUUGACAGCGUGGAUGAUGAAUCAAAACCAGAAGAUGUAAUUUUUACCUCCAACAGUCCGGAGCCAGAGCAGUGGACGUCAACGGAUGAUCCACCUUACGCUUACUGGAUUUUUUACAUAUACGCCAACCUUGUGGUCCUCAAUCACUUUCGAAGGGAGCGUGGUUUCAACACCUUUGUCCUCAGACCGCACUGUGGAGAGGCUGGCCCCGUCCAUCAUGUGGUCUCUGCCUUCAUGCUGGCAGAGAACAUCUCCCACGGAUUGCAAUUGAGAAGGACGCCAGUGUUGCAGUAUUUGUACUACCUGGCCCAAAUUGGCAUUGCCAUGUCCCCCCUCUCCAACAACUCCCUCUUCCUUAACUACCACCGCAACCCUUUGCCUGAGUUCCAUGCCCGGGGACUGUGCAUCUCCCUGUCCACAGACGCCCCCCUGCAGUUCCAUUUCACCAAGGAGCCCUUGGUGGAAGAGUACAGCAUUGCUAGUCAGGUCUUUCAGCUGACACCAUGUGACAUGUGCGAGCUUGCCAGGAACAGUGUUAUCAUGAGUGGCUUUCCAAAUGAGUUUAAAGACCACUGGUUGGGGCCCCAUUGGCGUAAGGAUGGUCCGUCAGGGAACGACAUCACACGCACCAAUGUUCCAGAUAUCCGCAUGGCCUUUCGGGAUGAGACACUGACUGAAGAACUCACCACCCUCUGCCGGUCGGUCAAGGAGGUGGCGCUCCAUAUCAGCGUGGAAACUGUACCAAAAUUCUGAUGGUCGACCAAGUAGGAAUGCCAAGAUGGCCAGACGGGUCCCCCAUAAAAUGAGUAUGAACUUUGACCUCUUAACUUAUGACAGUGUAAGGAAUUAAACUGUAUGACAUUGAUCUAACUUUUGAACUUCAAAGAUAGGAUUUCUUCGCAUUGUAUGUACAUUGUCCUAAGUUCAAGAUUCGGCUUAUUUGUGUGAAAAUCAGUGCCCACACAAGUUACAUACAUUUGUUAAGCGAAAAAGACCAAACUAAAGGUUUUACUUUUUGUAUUCAUAAUUUGUCAUAAGUGUUUAUUAACCAGGGUUUAAAGAUGUGAAAGUAAGUUUUACUCGCAAAGAAGACGGGUACUGUAGGUACUAUAUGUAGCGUGUGAACUUUCAAAGACAGGCGUGCAGACCGGCCACUGCGUGCUGGCCCCCGGAACAGUCACAGAAAAUCUCGCUUUGCCUUGAUUUGGGGACGACAAGCAUUUUAUCUUUCCAAAAAUACCAAAAAGAAAACACAAAACACAUUCACUGAUAGAAAUAUCAGUUCGGGGGGUUUCAAAGUCUUCAGUGAAUAUUUUGUCUAGUUUCGAUCACUAGCAGCAGUUGCACAGUGGCGCAUGGCAUACAUAGUGUGGACCUCUGCAAAAAGUCCACAUAAUGUAGGGUGCAGUGACGUUAUGUGGACUCUCACACGUCCACACAAUGCUUUCCUCUCUCUCAAAAACUGUUUCAGUGGCAUUUUGGGGUCAAGGUUAUC